AUGAGGUUGUGUGUGCUCCUCGUCUGUCUGUUCGCGUGCGCAGCGGGCGCGCCCCCGACCUGCUACUCGCGCGCUCUGAGUCUGAGCCGAGAGACGAUGGAUCUGCUAGAACGCGUGCACGUGAGCCCGCGCACGAAGGCCUGUGCUCGUCCCCUUCCCCCCCUCUUCCUUGACGUCCACAACGCCUGUGUGACCCUGAAGCUGCGUGACUUCCUGUAUGUUCUCCUCAAUCACCCUGAGCCCCAGUGCAGACAGCGCCCCCGCCUGGUCAUUCUGAAGCGCAAGAUACAGAUGCUCUAUGACAUUAUCACACGGCUGUGCCACAGGGACCUGGUCUUUUUCACAGACGACUGUGAUGGAAUUGACACUGGACACAGUCGACCGUACAAUGGAGAAGACCGUCUGCAGUUGCUGAUAGAGGACUAA